AUGUCGUCAGAAAAUGAAUAUUCGAACUCCGGAGACUACGAUCCCUCAGAGCACGGUUACAAUAGUGGCAACGAUGUCACUGAAUCUUCAGCACGAUCACCCACCCCACAGCCGCCUCGCUCUGUACCCGUGCAUCCUAUAGCGCCACACGGAGCUAGAGUUCAGACCACCGCCCGAAUGAGCAUUCCUCCACCUGUGAUGGUGUCUUUCUUCGCCCCAUCUGGAGCCGUGAGGGAGCCAUCACGGUCACGCACUCGUAGUGUAACACCCCCACCCACUACCAGGACCACAUCGGAGUGCUCUCUGGGUAUGACUACCCUGGAGAAUUUAUGGGUUUUGGGCAUGGCGCAAGAUCUUGAGAUGUGUCAACUUAGGCUGGAGCAUUAUCAACACUUUGCCGAUGGAGUGAUUACAGCCCUAGGCACUCAAGAUAAUAUGAUGGAUCGUUCAUUAGAGUUGAUUUUCAUCGCUAGGAGAGCGAUUAGGAGGUUGCACACUUAUCUGGCGAUGUUAGCAAGAAUUCUGAUGAUAGUGAUAGACAAAUACACAGCUCGUUUUCAUGAGCUUGCCAAGUUAGUACCUCAUAUGGUCACUCCAGAGGAGAAACGAAUUGAUCGGUACAUCUGGGGAUUGGCACCUGAAAUCCGAGGGAUGGUCACUUUGGCAAACCCAACCACUAUACAAAACGCGGCGGUGUUGACAAAUCGUCUGACAAAUGAUGCAGUUAGAUCAGGGAUUUUAAAGCAAGACAAAUUUGGUGGAAAGAGGAAACUAGAGGGGCAAUCGUGGAAAAGGAGCAACAAUGAUUUAAGCAAAAACCAAAAAGUGAUAAGAAACUUUAGGGCUCAGUCUCAAACAGGAGAAAAGGGAAAGGGGACUUACCCUAAAUGUGGCAAGUGCAAUUAUCACCAUAGCGGGAGACGCAUUUUUUGUUUCAAAUGCAAUAAAGGAGGUCAUUUCGCUAAAGAUUGCAAGAUCAGAGAGAAUCAAUCAUGCCAUGAGUGCGGAAGACCAAAUCACUUCAGGAAUAAGUGCCCAAGGAUAAUUAGAGGAUCGAGCAUCAACAAUGCCGGAAACCAGGAAAGGCAAACCAGUCAGGGAGAUCGAGGAGGCCAGGCUCGGGGAAGGGCAUUUGCAAUGGGAGCCGAAGAGGCACGUCAAGACCCUAAUGUUGUGACAGGUACGUUUCUUUUAAACAACCUCUAUGCCUCAGUAAUAAUUGAUUCUGGAGCAGAUAGAAGUUUUGUUUCCCUAGAAUUUAGGCCGUUGAUAAAUCUGAAAUCGAGGAAGUUAAAAGACGCUUACACUAUCGAAUUUGCCAAUGGCCAAGAAAUAAAUGUUGGGGACGUAAUCUUGGGUUGUACUUUAAAUUUAGCUGAUAAGUUAUUUAGCAUUGAUCUUAUCCCAAUUAAAUUGGGAAGUUUCGAUGUAGUGGUAGGAAUGGACUGGUUGUCUAAGAAUCGAGCAGAGAUUUGUUGCUUUGAGAGGAUUGUGCGAAUACCUUACCAAGACGGAGAAAGCCUAUCUAUACAAGGGGGAAAACCUGGAAGGAGUUUAAAGAUGGUAUCAUGUGUGAAGAUUUGGAAGUAUAUGAGAAAAAAAUGCGUUGCAUUCUUGGCUCAUGUAUCAGAAAGAAAAUCCGAGGAAAAGCAUAUUCAGGAUAUUCCUGUGGUGAGAAAUUAUCCAGAAGUAUUUCCGGAUGAUUUGUCARGACUUCCUCUAUCUAGACAGGUCAAAUUCCAAAUUGAUCUAGUUCCCGGAGCGGUGCCUGUUGCUAAAGCUCCAUAUCGCUUAGCACCGGCCGAGAUGCAAGAGCUAUCAGGGCAACUUCAGGAACUUCUGGACAAAGGAUUCAUCAGGCCAAGCUCUUCACCUUGGGGAGCUCCAUUGCAAGGCACAUGUUAUUUCUCUAAGAUUGAUCUUCGGUCAGGGUAUCAUCAGUUAAGAGUUCGUGAGGAGGACGUCCCUAAUACGGCCUUUAGGACUCGAUAUGGGCACUACGAGUUUCUAGUUAUGCCCUUUGGUCUGACCAACGCACCGGCGGUAUUUAUGGAUUUAAUGAAUAGGAUCUGUAGACUGUACCUAGACAAGUUUGUGAUCGUAUUCAUUGAUGAUAUUCUGAUUUAUUCACGGAGUAGGGUAGAUCACGAGCAGCAUCUGAGAAUGAUACUAGAAUUGCUCAAGGAGCAAGAAUUGUAUGCUACAUUUUCAAAAUGUGAAUUCUGGAUUCGGGAGGUACAAUUUCUCGGUCAUGUGAUUAGCAAAAAAGGAAUUCAUGUGGAUCUGGCUAAGGUUGUGGCCAUAAAGAAGUGGGAAGCACCAAAGACCCCGACAGAAAUUCGUCAAUUUCUGGGUUUGGCGGGUUAUUAUCGAUGA